GGUUGGUUUGCAGUAACGUGCCCUCUCAAAGCUUAAAAGGUACACGUUUACUGCACGUCUUGCACGAAGGAAUUGCCAGGCAGCACCAUGGCUAGUUUAUUUAUCAAGUCUCUGUCUGCAUCUUUGCACUGGAAAACGCUGAAGUUUUCUACUGCUAGUUUAGCUGCGGCUUUUUGCACAAAAGGUGUUGAUGUGCUGCCCUUUGAAAGCUCUGAGAAACGCGGUCAGGCUUUUCCGCACAGUCCAGCGGAUUCCACUGACACCAGCAGAUCCAGUACAACAGGGAAGAUUGAGAACAAAGUUUAUCUGUGGAGCCGAUACAAUGAAAUGAAGAAAUUAGUCCAUGAACUCAUUCCCCCAGGAAUUUGCAACCUCCUCAAUCCUGCAAACAUCUAUUCCAAUAAUGAGGUUAAUUUAGGGAACAUUGAAAUUUAUGGAUUUGAUUAUGAUUAUACUCUGGCGCAGUAUUCCAAUUUGCUGCACACAAUGAUCUUCAAUACAGCACGAGAAAUACUUGUUGAUCAAUAUAAGUAUCCAGAAGGAAUAAAGAACUAUGAAUACCAAACUAACUUUGCUAUCAGAGGCCUUCAUUAUGAUGUACGGAAGGGAUUCCUAAUGAAGAUUGAUGCUUUCCACUAUGUCCAGUUAGGAACUGUGUACAGAGGAUUCAGUCCAGUACCAGAUGAGGAAGUGUUUCAAAUGUAUGAUGGCACUCAACAUGUUCCUUUACACAGAAUGAGUGAUUUCUAUGGCAAGGGUCCUACUAUGAAACAGUUCAUGGAUGUUUUCUCUCUUCCUGAAAUGACCCUUCUUUCUUGUGUGAAUGACUACUUUAUUAAAAACAACAUCGAAUAUGAUCCGGUUCAUCUCUUCAGAGAUGUGAGCGAUGCUGUAACUAGUGUCCAUGUUAAAGGAAUGAUGUACAAUUGGAUUGAACAGGACCUAGAGAAGUACAUCCUUCAUGGUGAUGAAAUAUACGCUGUCCUAAACCGGCUGGUUAAUAAUGGAAAAAAGCUGUUUCUUAUAACCAAUAGUCCUUUCAACUUUGUUGAUAAAGGAAUGAAAUACAUGGUAGGAAAGGACUGGCGGGAUCUCUUUGACUUGGUGAUCGUCCAAGCUGAUAAGCCAAGUUUCUUUACAGAUAAGCGCAAGCCUUUCAGAAGAUUGGAUGAUACUGGUGUACUGCAGUGGGAUAAGAUCAACAGACUAGAAAAAGGAAAGAUGUAUAAACAGGGAAACCUAUUUGAGUUUCUACGACUGACCGGCUGGGGUGGAUCCAAGGUGCUUUAUUUUGGUGACCAUCUGUACAGUGACCUGGCAGACCUAAUGCUUCGACAUGGCUGGAGAACAGGAGCAAUCGUACCAGAAUUGGAUGCAGAAAUCAGUAUCAUUAACACUGAGCAGUUUACACAUGGGCUGACUUGGCUACAGGUCCUAACAGGACUUCUAGAGAGGCUGCAGGUAUAUCGGGAUGCUGAGUCUAAACAAGUGCUCAAUGAAUGGAUAAAGGAGAGACAAGAAUUAAUGUCUCUGACCAAGAAUUUAUUCAAUCCCCAGUUCGGGAGCAUCUUCAGGACCUAUCAUAACCCCACCUAUUUUUCACGAAGGCUGUGCAGAUUCUCUGACAUCUACAUGUCAUCCAUCAGUUGUCUGUUAAACUAUGACACCAACUACACCUUCUAUCCAAGACGGACUCCUUUGCAACAUGAAGCGCCGCUCUGGAUGGACCAGCUUUGCACUGGCUGCAUGAAGACCCCUUUCCUGGAAGAGAUGGUCCAUAUGCGAUAAACUCCAUUUUAAUUUCAUUGCAGAUUUGUUUUAAUGGUGUAUUUCAUCUGAGAAAAGGUUACCUAAAGGUUGUAAACAAUGUGGCCUAUUCUUUUUUGAAAAGGUGUGAAUUGAGCAUUUGAAUAGAAAAUGAUAGUGGUAAUUGAAAUGAUCAUAGCGAAGUAGAGUGGCUAUGUUACUAAUCCUUCAUAAACCAGCCCUAUUCCACUACAACUCUCUCCCAGUUGUGGUUUCUCUCCCUUGUUUUUUGGAAAUUCAAGUCUGCUGCAAAGGUUUUCUUGUGUCACUGAAUGUAUAAGAUCUGGAUGGAUGGCUGUCAUUGAUCAAUGACCAGUCACUUCUUUCCUCAAUUUGCAGAUAGUUGUUUCUGGCCAUAUGAUUUGAAUUUUUAGUGAAACUGUAGAAUCACAUUUCGGGCUGUUGGUUUUUGGGGCCUCGACCCCUUUUAAAUGAGAAAUCUAAAGGUGCAUAUUAGAGGGGGAAUUCUGUUUAACAUGCAUGUGCAGUAUGACUCAUGGAAUUCAUUUUGAUAUAUUUUCAUGUUUGACUUGUUAAAGGGAAGAAUUAUUAAUAGUUGUAUUUAUAGAUAUUCCACACUAGUAUUUUCAUUUUGAGGCCAGCUAAAAAGCAUUUGAAAACUCAUAAAGACAGGCUGUUUGAAGUUAAAAUCAAUGUGCUUAUGCACUGGUUCUUUAGGUGCUUUUGAAAGGUGUUUUCUACCAUGUGAUCUAGACCAGAUUACAAGCUUCUAAUGUCCACAAGGUACAGUAAUUGCAGGUAUUCAAAUCUGCAAAGUUGGUUCUUCUCUCAAGGUUUUCUUAAGCUUUUCUGAAACUCAUUUGCUCCCCAAAACCAUUAAAUAUGUAAUCACACUCGUGUGAUCUUCUCUCCAAUUCUGACACUGGACCAAAUUUGUUUUAGCAUACUGCAAUAUUCUGAGGGCCAUCAUGAGAGAGAAAUGCAAAUGCUUAUUUCAAUUAUGUCCAUUAAUUAGUAUUACAUUGGAAUUAUCAUUUUAAGGGUUCACCAGAGUUUUAGUAUUCAAAGAUGCUUAAGACCAAUUUCAUGCACAGACAAUAUAUACAGACAUUGUAUUCCUUGUGAACUAACAGGUUAGCCUGACUCUCUGGGACAAGUUUGGCACAGGACAGAAUGAACUUAUUCUGGGCACAGUAGUCAUAAAACCAUCACCAUGAAGAAAGACUUGAAAGGGAACAAAGAAUGAUACUUUUACCAGUUUACAUAUGUUUUACAAUGUGACAAAAAUAAUAGAAAACUUUAAGUGAAGAUAUUACUGGCAUUUAAUCAUGGUUACAAAGAAUUUGCAUUUUUUUUAUUGUAGUAAGAUAACCUGAAGCACUUUUUGGAGAUUAGAGUUGAGUAAGUUGGUUGAAGGGAUAGUGAAAAGUUUUUAAAAAAAUAGUUGUAGCUAGGCAGAUAAGUUUUGGAAGGAUUUGAUAACUGAAGGCUGUGCCUCCAGUGGGACAGCAAAAGGUUGUCAUGAGGUAUGGGAUGAACGGUGGCACAGUGGUUAGCACUGCUGCCUCACAGCGCCUGAAGACCCGGGUUCAAUUCCCGACUCAGGCGACUGACUGUGUGGAGUUUGCACGUUCUCCCCGUGUCUGCGUGGGUUUCCUCCGGGUGCUCCGGUUUCCUCCCACAGUCCAAAGAUGUGCGGGUCAGGUGAAUUGGCCAUGCUAAAUUGCCCAUAGUGUUAGGUAAGGGGUAAUGUAGGGGUAUGGGUGGGUUUCGCUUCGGCGGGUCGGUGUGGACUUGUUGGGCCGAAGGGCCUGUUUCCACACUGUAAGUCUAAUCUAAUCACACUAGUUGGCAAUACAGAAAUGCAAACUGUGGUUCAAGUAAGAAGGCUGGAUGUUAGAUGUAAGGUUUGAUGCAAAGUGCUGCCACGAGUAAACUGAUUUUAAGCUUCUACUGGCAUGCUUAUCUACAUCAAUAGGUCAUUUUAUUGAGUCUUGAAUAAAUUUGUUUAAGAAAUAUUGAAAAUCAAAAGUUUUUGUUCCAUCAUUGGUAGUGCAUUAAUGGUGCCAUUGCUGUGGGAUGUGCAGCCCAUGUUGGUAUUUUGCUGCUAAGCUGACCUGUUCCUUCAGGCAUGUCGUUCAGGUACCCUGUGCAGGAGUCCAGGUUACUGCUUAUUUACAGGACAGUAAAUUGCUUAGAAAUGAAGAGAAAUACUGCAGAUGCUCUUGAGAUUUUAAACACUCUGGGUGAAAAGAACCCACUAAGAAAAUUUGUUUUCUUCUUUGUUUUGUUAAUUUAUUUUGAAUAACCAGCUGUGAUCCCUGGAAUGAGACGUGCAUGCACUAAUUGCAUUGAGUUAAAGUUCCAAUCUGCAGAACAAGCUUGAUGGAGUAAUGAUUUUUGAAGAUUUAACAUUAUAUAGUGCUGUUUAUAGUUUGGUUUUGACCUUUUUUAACUUGGCUGCUCUGUGGUUUAAAUAUACACAUUUGUAUAAAUCUGGGAGAAAGUGAGGACUGCAGAUGCUGGAGAUCAGAGCUGAAAAUGUGU